AUGGCCAUGAUUAACAACGUGAAAGAUUCUCGCUGGCUACAGUUGGAAGUAUGCAGAGAAUACCAGAGGAAUAAAUGCAGUCGUCCCGAUACGGAAUGUAAAUUUGCUCAUCCGCCGGCUAACAUAGAAGUCCAGGAUGGACGUGUUGUAGCUUGUUAUGAUUCUAUUAAGGCAAUAACCAAUCCAUACCUGGUUGCACUUCCCACGGUAGCUUCACCUACUUCUUUUACACACUACUUGACUCCAAGCCCUGUGGUUAGUAUGAUGCCUCCUGAUGCAAUGGCAGCACCACUUAGUGUUGUCCCUACUCCACUUGUUACAACUCAGAAAGUGCCACGAACUGAUAGAUUAGAGGUAUGCCGAGAGUUCCAGCGCGGAAAUUGUAAACGAGUGGAAACUGAAUGCCGCUUCGCUCAUCCUCCUGAGCAUGUGACAGUGGAUAGUACUGAAGGCAUGGUGACAGUCUGUAUGGAUUUUGUUAAAGGACGGUGCAUGCGGGACCCAUGCCGCUACUUUCACCCCCCACCUCACUUACAGGCACAGCUAAAGGCUGCCCAAAGCCGAGCUAAUGCAGCUGCUCUGCCACACGUGGUUGAAACCUUGGUCAGCAAGAAACGCCCACGUGACCCUGCUGAUGAUCUGAUUCUGGUAUUGGCCCUUAGUGCUUUUGCAUGUAGCUCAGAUUUCUUAAUUUUCUAUAGUAGAAGGUGUUGUGCAGCAUGUCACCACAUUGCAGACAGUGAAAAG